GGAGUAUAUCGAGAUACCCGGCUCAUCAAUUGGGAAUCGGUACUGACCGCAACACCCCUCAAAACAGACCUAAGUGCGGACUAGGACUCGCGAACCACCUUUCGCGCCGAUUACGUGUUGUAUCCACAACACGGCCGACACCAACCUCCACACCUCCUCCUUCCGAACCACGGUAUAACGGUAUUAACAACCCGCAAUUGUCAUCAUGGUUUACGUCAUGGAGCUCUAUGCCCACGGACACAGCCGUUGGGCCGAACGGGGCAGUCGUCUGGGAGCCGCCGGCGUGUUCCUCAAAACCCGCGGGCCCUGGGACUUUACCCGCUCGCGUCACCUCCUAACCCACAAGCACCAAGCGACGUCGCAGCGAUCGGAGCUCCUCGCGAUGCAGGUGGCCCUCGAGUGGAUCCUGGACCGACACCGCGAGCUUACCGGCGGCCCGUCCCUCGACGCCACCGUGUACUCGGACUCGCAGUACGCCCUGACCACCGUGACGCAGCUGGCCGAGAAGUGGGCGAGCAAGAACUGGACCAACGCCAAGGGGUUCGAGGUCGGCAACCGCGAUCUCAUCCAGGAGAUCUACGAGCUUCUUGGCGAGGUCAAGAAGAUCGGCAAGAUCAAAUUCCUGUUCAUUCCCAAGGAGCAGAACCAAGUUGCGUUCAGCGUGUGCGCCGAGGAGAUGAAGAGAAUACCAAAGGCGUAGAGGCGUCGUACGGAGCCGCGGUCCGUCUCGCAGCACCACCACUCAUAACCUCUCGGAAGCUUCCUCGAAGCGCGAUGCUUGCAUCGCGACAUACUGUGCUCGCUUUCUAAGUGACAACACCUUCAGUCCUGUGCAACCCAUCAUCCGAGGUAAUAUAGUUCACGAGACUCGGCACGACAUAUAA